GCACUUCAGCUGAUUAGGAGCGAGCACGAGUUGACGUCGGCGAAAGUAAUCGCCGAGGAAGUAAGGCACAGGACGGACAGCCUCGGGGCGAGUCGCGAGGCCUCGGACGCCGUCGGGGCUCAGCAGACGGCGACGACUCGUGGGGUCCAGACGAUCCUAACCUCGCGGGGCCUGGUGUGGCUGGGGAACGACGAAACCGUAGCCGCCAAGACCUUUGGGGAAAAUCGCGAGCCGAUUUCCAAGUAUAGCCAGGCGACGCCUGUGCAUCCGUCGACCUCCAGGGUCUCGCAGAUUAACCACAGGAAUGCGACAUCUUGCGGAUCAACCGAAUUUUCGUCCUACAAUGAAAUCAUAACUCUAACAACGGAUUAUGAGAACCGACCGCAAAGUAACCAAAUAAAUUUUCAAAGCUUGAACAAUAUUAGAAAUGAUGAAUACAGAAGAUAUACGGACUCGCCACCUCCCACACUUUUCCUCGAUGAAGAUGCAAACGUACAAAAUCAACGCUUCAAUUGGAUAUUCUCCUGCUGCAAUAACGAGAAUCCAAGAUUUGACGUGAACAGGCGAGCGCCUCCCUCCUACUCAACCCUAUUCCCGUUUAAUGGCGACAACAAUCUCCUUCGCAAUAUUAAUGACAACCUCGACAAUAACGAUGACGGCAUUACCAUCUACAAUGGACGUAUGCCAGUUCUCAUUAACAACUGCUCGUCUUUCAUUGCCCGUACUCCGCCUCCCAGUUACGCCCAGGAUCAGGGCAUCUGUGUCGCCCAGUCCGUCGAGCACAUCGUGUCCAAUACCGGCAGUGAUAGGAUAAUUUGGAGCCCAAGAUCGACAACCGCUAUUUGUCCCCGAUGCGCAACUCUGGUUAUCACUGUCGUGGAGAUACAACAAACAACUACAACGCACAUUAUGGCCGUUGCUCUCUUUCUCCUGGGGUGCUGGCCUUGCUGCGUCCUCCCUUAUUGCAUCGACUCUUGCAAGAUUUCUCAUCAUUACUGUCCCUUCUGCCGAACUUAUCUCGGGACGUACGCACCGUAAUAAGAAAAAAUAAUUGUAAACAAUGAAGAUUCACGAUAAAAUCAAGCCCAAUAGUGACAAAAUUUUCAACCAAUCUCCCACAUUUACAAGCUUAAUAUUCACAUGCCUUUACUAUAGAAUGUAAUUAAUGAUUAAUAGAUGUAUCACUCCGGAUUCAUAAUCAUAUGUACACGAUGAUAACUAUGCUUGUACGAAAUUGAC